AUGAGUACGCCGAAUAAAAGGAAAGAUAACAUGGAAGAUAGCGGUAUCAAUGCAAAAAGACCUAAAUCUGAGUGUCCGUACGCAGAGAAAUGUUUCAGACUAAAUCCUAUACACUUUAGAGAGUAUAGCCAUGCUCAUUUGGAAUCAAUCCUGGACUCGUACACUGGUACCGGAGAGUUUCCGAUCCCAUCGAAGCUGUGUGGUCAGAGACAGAUGUAUGUAGACCAGUUAAAGAUGAUGGUCCACAAACAAAUAUAUGCGCACGGCAGGAACUUUGAUAUUGAUGCUAGUAGCAGUGCAGGAGCCACACAGAACAGCCAUGUAGUUAAAAAAGAAGAGAAGAGGGACACUCCUUCUACUUCGAGCAGGAGUAUAGAACCUACUGCGUCUAGCAGUAGAAGUGGAGAGUCAAGUUACAACUCUUCUAGAAGUAGAGAAAGAGGGAGUAAGCCUGCUUCUAGCAGUAUGGAGCAUGUUAAAGACAGUGACUAUCGUCCCAUAGUGCCUCCGACGCGUCGUGCGGAAGAUUUCUUAUCUGUGGUUGUCCCUAAAGGCAAUAUGGCUGCCAAACACACCGCCAGCGGCCCUUACUACGUGUUCUAUACAACUAUUAAAGAUUCAAAGACAACACACAAUCAGCGGUAUUCUAUAACAUUUUUGGAAAUCCUAGAUAGGAGCUUAGGGGAGCUGAAAUGCUCCCUACAGAUCAACUUCAUGGUGGAAAUAGGAUGGCUAUUGGCACAAUAUUACUUUGCUGGAUAUAGCGAGAAAAAACUAACAAUUUUAUAUGGAGAAGAAUGCUCAGAAUUAAAAAAUAUCAGUCAGAAGAAACCGCAGGUGACUGCUCACCAAGUCACCAUGUCGUCUCCCUUCGGGAAACACCACACUAAAAUGAUGAUACUGUGCUACGAGGACGGGUCACUUCGAGUUGUGAUAUCUACAGCCAACCUGUAUCUGGACGACUGGGAGAAUCGGACGCAAGGAUUAUGGUUCAGUCCGUCCUGUCCGGAGUUACCGGCUGAAUCAAUGCCACACGAAGGAGAUUCGCCGACAUUAUUCAAAUCUAGUCUACUCAGAUAUUUAAAUAAUUAUCAUUUACCCAACUUAGCGUUUUACGUGGAAAGGGUAAAAAGAUGCAAUUUCAGUCAUAUCAACGUAUUCCUAGUAGCUUCAGUGCCGGGGUCACAUUUCGACAACGACUGGGGUAUGACCCGAGUGGGGUCACUGUUGAGGCAACAUUGCUGCAUACCCCCUGAGGAGACCAAGAAUUGGCCCCUAAUAGCCCAAGCUAGUAGUAUUGGGAGCUAUGGGAAGGACCCUAAGCUAUGGUUGACUGGGGACUUUCUGCACAAUUUUACAAAAAUCAAGAAUCAGUCACAGCUUUUGUCGUCUCCACCGGAAUUGAAGAUUAUUUACCCGUCUUUAGAGAAUGUCCGUCAGUCGCACGACAAUUUGCUCGGCGGCGGAUGCCUGCCGUACGCGGGGGAUGUACAUGCUAAGCAACCGUGGCUGAAUAACUUCUUGUAUCAAUGGCAGGCGAAGAUAUCAAGCAGAAACCAAGCGAUGCCGCAUAUAAAGUCGUAUACGCGAGUGUCAAAUGGCAAGGCGGCGUUCUAUCUCCUGACUUCGGCCAAUAUCAGUAAGGCGGCUUGGGGGCAAGUGAAUAAGGGGAAUGGCGCCUUAAGGAUCAUGAGCUAUGAGGCCGGAGUUCUGUUUCUACCUAAAUUUGUGAUAGACGAAGAUUACUUCUUUCUUGACCAGGGUGAAGUCAGACCGCGUCCAAAGUCUUUAGUAAUACCAUAUGACUUGCCUCCUGUAAAAUAUACGCCAGAUAUGAAACCGUGGGUGUCUGACUACUUAAAUUAG